AUGGCUUCUCCUCAGCAACUCCGUACCCCCGCUACCGAGCUCUUCGGCAUCAAGCACCCCAUCCUCCUCGCCGGCAUGAACGUCGCCGCCGGUCCUAAGCUCGCCGCUGCUGUCACCAAUGCCGGUGGUCUCGGUGUCAUCGGCGGUGUUGGUUACACCCCCAACAUGCUCCGCGAGCAGAUUGCCGAGCUCAAGGAGCACCUCAACGACAAGAAUGCCCCGUUCGGCGUUGAUCUUCUCCUCCCCCAGGUCGGCGGUAGCGCCCGUAAGACCAACCGUGACUACACCAACGGCAAGCUUGAUGAGCUUGUUGACAUUAUCAUCGACUCCGGUGCCAAGCUCUUCGUCUCUGCCGUCGGUGUGCCUCCCAAGUCUGUCGUCGACCGAAUCCACAAGGCUGGCAUUGUCUAUAUGAACAUGAUUGGACACCCCAAGCAUGCCAAGAAGUGCCUCGAGCUCGGCGUCGACAUCAUCUGCGCCCAGGGCGGAGAGGGUGGUGGCCACACUGGUGAUACCCCCACUACCGUCCUCAUCCCCGCCGUUGUCGACCUCGUCAAGGGCCACAAGUCUCCUCUCACGGGUAAGCCCGUCCAAGUUAUCGCUGCUGGUGGCAUCCAUAACGGCCAGCUCCUCGCCGCCUCCCUCAUGAUGGGCGCAUCCGCCGUCUGGGUCGGCACUCGCUUCAUUCUUACCGACGAGGCCGGCGCUCCCAAGGCUCACAAGGAGGCCGUCCGCACCGCAUCCUUCGACGACAAUAUCCGUACCAUCAUCUUCACCGGUCGCCCCAUGCGCGUUCGCAACAACCCGUACAUCAACGAGUGGGAGACUGAGCGCCAGUCUGAGAUGCGGGAACUUACGGGCAAGGGCGUUAUUCCUUUCGAGCACGACCUCGAGACCACCGACGAGGUCGACGUUGAUGAUGUUCUUGACGAGUUCAGGCCCUUCCUCAUGGGCAAGGCCGCCGCCGUGGUCACGGAGAACAAGUCGGCCAAGGCCGUCAUUGAUGAAUUUGUCAGUGACGCUGUCAAGGAGAUCCAGAACGGCAACAAGAUGAUUGCCAAGCUAUAA